UAAAGUUGGUCGCCUUCCGCAACUCCUAAACAAACAUUACUAUCUCCCUAAAAUGUUCUCCAUCAACAAAUCUUCGCUCUCAAGAGUCGCUUAUAGAUCUACCACAAAUGUCGUCAAGCGCUGGAAGUCUCAAAAAUCCAUCGAGGUCACCCUGAGAGCAAAUGUACAAGGUCUAGGAAAACCAGGCGAUGUUGUCACUGUGGGUCCUGGUAGAAUGAGAAAUCAGCUGUACCCUUUUCGCCUCGCAAACUAUAACAACAAGAGAGCACAACAAUUUAAAGCGGAAACUAGCCCAGGGCAGGAUGCUUUCAAGGUCGCACAGGAAGCUAAUAAGGUUUAUCAGCAGACAGUAAAGAAGGAGCAGCGUAUUAUUCAACUACAGGAGCUGCGUCAUCGUCUGCAAGCCUUGCCAUCAUUGGUCUUUACGCGAGCGGUAAAUGAAGUCUUGCCUGGAUCAAAAUCCAUCUUUGGAUCCGUACAGGCUGAGGAUGUGGUCAAGGAGCUGAAGGAGAAACACGGCAUUUUGGUUGAUCAUACAAAGGUUACAGUGAAUGGCACCAAGAUCAAGACCUUGGGCGAGUCACGGGCACGCGUAGACCUUGGUGAUCUUGGACGUGUUGAGCUCAAGAUCUUGGUAGAGAGGCGUUAAAUAAAAUGAAAUGAAAAAAGAGUGGGCGCGAGGCAAAUAGAGAUAGAGAAACAGAAGCGGGAGCGAAGGGCUGAAUCGCAUUUGC